UUUUUGUUGCACAAACGGCAACGUCGAGUUGCCCCUUGAAAAUUUCAUCAAGUCGGAUGUGACUUCUCAGUCAGCAAGAGAUACGAAAAUUGAGAAUGGCGCCAUGAAGUGCGUCAGCUUUCGGAAGUUCCUCAUCUGAAUUGUACAUUAAUCAAGCCAUGUUGGUUUGACGUCAGAGUUCAUCAUAGUCAAUGACGCCCAAACGAUUCCAUUCACUGCUCAAGUGCUAAACUUUUUACUGCAUGAGCUGCCCUAUCCUAGAAUAUCGGCAUCAAUUUCAAGGCCUCUUUACAAGUGUCACGUUCUCUCUAAUCAUCUUCCAAAUUGCUCGCCACUUCCCAGAAGCUUGCAGGAACAAAAACAGGAUACACAGCGUCAGGGAGGUAUAGGAUACACAGGGAGGAGUCACAUUUUGUUCUUGUUGGCCGCAGGGCAACUGCCAAUUUAGAUCACUAUUCAUUGAUAAUCGGGGAAUCACCGAUAUCACCGCACCGACCACUGAAAUUACUUCCCCGAUUAAGAUUAUCCCCGCACCGGGAUAACCGGUGCGCACCUAAAAAGCUCCCCGAUUGGCGCGGGGCCGAGCGCUAGCCAAGUCCAAUUGAUGACAAGUCUGGCAACGUCGAAGGCUUGUUUGGAAAAUGGCCGCUCACAGCUCCGCUCAAGAAAUUACGGAUGAAGACGCCGCUGUCCUGCAGUUUCCCAAAGAAAUGUCGCCAGAGUCCUGUGGCAGUUCUCUAUGGCCAACAAGGAAGUCCAAUUCUGAAGUGUGUUUCAUUUGUUUGAAACCCCUGUCUGGGAUUUUCAUCAGGUGCGAAGAGUGUGUCAGGGUCGAUAUCUGUCCAGCUUGCUUUGCCAAAGGAAAAGAAAGCAAACAGCAUUUGAACAAUCACGGCUACAGGGUCAUCAGGGAUGACUUCCCUCUUUUUGAUGGCUGGACAGCACGUCAAGAGCUAAAUCUGCUCGAUCAGUUAUCUACCCAUGGUCCAUCAAAUUGGAUAGAAGUGGCCAAACGUUUUAAAGCCACACCUGAAGAAUGUGCACACCAUUACAACAAGUGGUAUCUGGAAGACCCGGUGGAAGCCCUGCCUCGGCCAAAAAGUCCAGAUCGACUGUAUCGGCCCCUUCCAAUCGUCUACAGAACGGGGACACACGACCCACCGAGACCUGUGCCGGGAAGUGUUUACCACAGAGACAUGGCUGGUUACUGCGCUGCUCGUGGCGAUUUUCAAGUGGAACCUUUUCAGAGCGCAGAAUUAGAUGUGGCAUCCUUACAGGAUGAAACUAAGCCGGAAGCGGAUGAAGAGAUUGAGGAAGAGGAUUUAGAACUAGAACGUGCAUUGACCAUAGCUGUCGUACAAGUGUAUAACGAUAAAUUGCGUGAACGAUUUCGAAAAAAACGCAUCAUCCAGGAGCAUGGUUUGAUCAAUUUUCAUCGACAUUUAGCGGCUCGUUACCGUUACGACUCUACGCUAACACAUCGCGUGUGUGAGCGUCUCUCUGUGUUUUCCCAAGUGCUGAAAUUCCAAGACCACUGCAGGCUUUUCGAAGGUUUGCACGGUCACGCCGAAUUGCGACAGCGAAUUCAGCAACUGCAAAGGUACCGACACUUGGGAAUCAAGACAUUAGCUGCGGCCAAAAUUUACAAGCAGCUGCAGGUCCGUCGCGAGAAACAGAUGAAACAAUGGAAGCAAUUUGCUGCCAAUUUGCAUGCCGCCUUUCCCGUGCCACAUCAACAUCAACAAUUGGUGGCAUCGGCUCUGCUUCAAGGAAGCAAUGGCAACGCUUUGCUGGCCUCCACUGGCCAUUUCCCACAACAACGAAGAAGUGCACCUCCGUUGGACAUAGUCGGACUGCCCGGUUACGACAAAUUAAACGAAGGCGAACGACAGUUGUGCUCCGUUUCACGCCUCGUACCCGAAUCGUAUUUGGAAUUCCGUAACAUUCUGAUUGCCGAGUGCCGCAACCGCAAAGGCAUUCGAUUGGCACAAGCCAGGACGUUAAUCAAGAUUGAUGUGAACAAGACGCGCAAGAUCUUUGACUUCCUUUUAGAAGAGAAACUAAUCUACUUGCCCGCUUGAUUCAUGGCACCACUUGUUAUAAUAUUAUUUGUUUUGUACAGGGCAGAGAAGAGUGGGGAAAAGGAGAUGAGCAAUAAACUUGCAUUAUACAGUCAA